CCGAGCCCAGCGGCCGCGGCCCCCGCAGCCCGCGGCGCCCACCCGAGGGAGCCCCGGCGCCCGCGGAAGGCGACAGUGGGCGAGCGCGCCCCAGCCCUGCCCGCGCCCCAGCCCUGCGCGGCGAGCGAGGACCGGGAAGAUGAACAACGGCGGCAAAGCCGAGAAGGAGAACAGCCCGAGCGAGGCCAACCUGCAGGAGGAGGAGGUCCGUACCCUAUUUGUCAGUGGCCUCCCUCUGGAUAUCAAACCUCGGGAGCUCUAUCUGCUUUUCAGACCAUUUAAGGGCUAUGAGGGUUCUCUUAUAAAGCUCACAUCUAAGCAGCCCGUAGGUUUUGUCAGUUUUGACAGUCGCUCAGAAGCAGAAGCUGCAAAGAAUGCUUUGAAUGGCAUCCGCUUCGAUCCUGAAAUUCCGCAAACACUACGACUAGAGUUUGCUAAGGCAAACACGAAGAUGGCCAAGAACAAACUAGUAGGGACUCCAAACCCCAGUACUCCUCUGCCCAACACUGUACCUCAGUUCAUUGCCAGAGAGCCAUAUGAGCUCACAGUGCCUGCACUUUACCCCAGUAGCCCUGAAGUGUGGGCCCCGUACCCUCUGUACCCAGCGGAGUUAGCGCCUGCUCUACCUCCUCCUGCUUUCACCUAUCCCGCUUCACUGCAUGCCCAGAUGCGCUGGUUCCCUCCCUCCGAAGCUACUUCUCAGGGCUGGAAGUCGCGCCAGUUCUGCUGAAUGCUAUGUCCCAGAUGUGUGAUGGCGGCUGCAAUCUGUCUUGUGGGUAUUAAUGCGAUCUUCAAUGGUGGCUACUGUUCUCCAGCUGUUCUACAAAACUGGAAUGUGCUGGCUUGAAUAAACCUUGCCCAGUUUUGAUCCCUUCAAGACAUUGCCACAGCCUCUAUCACACAUCUGUUUUUCUC